AUGCUUUUGCUACCGUUCUGGAAGUUUGCGGCCAAGAAAUAUGUCGCCCGCUCAAUCCACGAAAUGGAGGACUACGUGCCAGGCAUCGUGACAUUCACCGUCGACUACUUUAGCACGCUGUUUAUCUCGGUGAGCAUGUAUAACUCGGGAGCGAUUCUGGUGUCGGUGCUGGCCGUCCUCUCAGACGCAGCGAGCUUGCUACUGGAGUAUCGAGAGCUUCGCGCGAACGCUAAUGUUCUCUACACUUUGAUUCGAGAUUACAAAGGCUGGAACCAUAAGGAACAAGCCACCGCCCGCACAAAACAAUCCCAAAGUGGUACUCUAGCUACUGGAGGAGUCGUGGACGCUGAGAGAUCGCAGAAGCUCAUCACGCAGGGGUUGCAGCUACUUUUCCACAGUAAAUAUCUGACGCUAGUCGAGUACAUCGAGUGCAUUAUUCCCGUCGUUUUCGUCGUCUACAAGUCCGUACUCCAGCUGCUACCGAACGUCGUGUACGCUCCUGGCGGCGCUGAAGGCUGGCAAAUCAGUGCAGUACUGCAACGCAAGUUCGCGUUCCCCCCACUUUUCCAGCUAGCCUACGUCCUGGAAACGCAACUCGAACUAGUUCAAACCGACGUGCUCAUCGCGACGUUGGUGCUGCUCCCGUUCGAGCUCGAGUAUUUCGGCACGGAUUUCAGCCUUCGCUUUGACUGGCUUCGGACUGGGCGUGAGUAA